GACAACUUUUGUUCCCAAACACAUCUCGAUGCUCUUGACACCUCUUUCUGAUAAAAUCUGCACCGCUGCGGAUGCACUUCUUGGUACAACACCCGCUCAUUGAUACCAUAGUAAAUUAGACCAACCUUAAUCCUGUCGCUCAUGAUGACUUCACUAGCCGGUGACCUAGCCAGCUGCCAUGACGACGAUGGUGCCUGCGAUGAGGCGAAGUCGGCAACGCCCCUAAGCCCCGUAACAACGCUGGCAACAGAGGCGCCAGCAAUUGAGGCAGCAAGUGAAAGUGGCGGCGACGACGAAUUUGAUGCUAUCAGUGAAUUGUUUGACGACACGACGAGUGUCACUUCGAGCAUUUAUGCGCACACAUAUGAGCGUGGCCGCCGCUAUCAGUCCUUCAAGAAUGGUCGCUACCCUAUCCCCAAUGACGACUUCGAACAGAAUAGAGAGGACAUGAAGCACGCAAUGCUAAUGGAGCUAACGGAUGGGAAGCUAUUCUACGCACCCAUAGGCGAAAAUCCACAGAAAAUCCUUGAUAUAGGCACUGGGACUGGAAUCUGGGCAAUUGAAGUUGGCGAUUUGUACCCCAGCGCUCAUAUCUUAGGCAUAGACCUAACGCCAAUCCAACCACUAUGGGUUCCCCCGAAUGUCGAAUUUGUAGUCGAUGACUGCGAAAAGGAUUGGCUGACGGGCGAUGUCGACCUUGCUCAUUUCCGGUUCAUGGCUAUGAUUUUAAGAGAUAUACCUGGUGUUCUAGGACAUGCCUACAAGAGCCUUCGCCCUGGUGGAUGGAUCGAGCUCCAAGAACUACACGGUCACCCCUGCUGCGAUGACGGCACAAUGGGCCGUGAUGAUCAAUUUAAGCAGUUAUACGAUUUGGCAGGCCAGGCUUACCAGAAAUUUGGUAUGAGCACUGCACUACCAGCGCAGCUUAAACCUUUGCUCCUCGAUGCCGGAUUCCAAAAUAUUCACUGCAAAAUAAUGAAAGUUCCUAUUGGAACAUGGGCGAAAGACAAGACCAUGAGAUUAAUCGGCCUUUAUCAGAAGACAGUUGUUGGCGAUUUUAUACCGACUCUAGCUGGGCGCCCAUUUGAGGCCUUAGGUAUGUCACAGGUAGAGGCACAAGUAACACUUGCCUUUGCUCGAAAGGCUCUGGAUGAUGCAAACGUCCAUCGGUACUUUAACUAUUACUUUUGGUAUGCGCAGAAACCAGUGCUAGGCAGGACUACAGUUUAGUUUAGACAGUUGGUUUAACAAGUUCGCCAAAACUGCAGUUCAAACAGCCAGUUUUCUUUCAUUCACAGUAUAGGUCCAUUUAUGCACCUGUUAGAGCAGCUUUUGGUGGCUCAACUUGCCCUAGGCAAUCUCAAAUGCCGCCAUUGAAAGUUAAGACGCGGGAGAGUGUGGCGUGACAACGCCAAUAAAUGUCGAGAUAGUUGGAUGUAACAUCAGGUGUCAUUUCUCUGCCGCUUAUCAUUGAUAGGUGCGAGAAUAUUCAUUGUCUGCUUUCUUUUUCAGAAGCUUGAAGAAAGUUGCCCCAUUACUUGUCAAUGUAUCUUUUUUGACCGGCUUCUUCGGGCUACUUUUCGCCAAGUCCUAAUUAUACGGUCCUGCCGCCCAACAGCGAAGCGAGUACGGGCGAGAAGCCGUCGUCCAUGACGGAGAAGCGUUAGAUACCGUCGUGAUGGUGGUACUGGUGCGAGAGCCACCUCGGUCAGGUCGGCAUAUUGGUCUCUGAUGGCGACGCAGAUGGUGAGACAUUCCUCUUUGUCGUCGGCAUUGUAAUGGGCUAUGAGCGGAGCUGCCGGGUAUAUAGAAGUGCGUGUUGGAAUCGUCGACGAUGGGAUGUUGGCACAGAUUAAAUGCGGG